AUGUCACAUGCUGGCACCGUCUGCCCCAGCCCCACAGAUUCCAGCAUCCUCCCCCCACCACCUACUCCAGGGGAGUGCCGUGAUGGGAAACUUUUAUUAAUAAGACCAAGAAGAAGAAGAGCUAACACGGAGGGGCUUCCUACCUGCCAGCCGGCAGGAGGCAACACGAGGCUAUGGCUAAGAGGACUGGUCCUCCAGGCUCUGAGAAAUGCCUGGGGCAUCUGUGCGUCUCAUGGGCAGCUGCCGCCUCUAUCUGUCUCUCAGAAGAUUGUGGCCACCUGGGAAGUCAUCAGCCUGGGAAGGCAGCCAGUGCCUGAGUACUUCAACUUUGCCCAUGACGUGCUGGACGUGUGGAGUCAGCUGGAAAGGGCUGGGCACCGGCCUCCAAUCCCUGCCUUCUGGUGGGUCAAUGGCAUGGGAGCAGAGGUCAAGGGGAGCCUUGAGGAGUUGGGGGAGCAGUCCAGGAAGGCAGCUAACAUGCUGGGGGGCACGUGUGACCUGCAGUCUGGAGAUAGAAUGAUGCUGGUGCUCUCUCAGCUCCUGGAGUGGCGGCUGGUCAGUGUGGCUUGUAUGCGGACAGGGGCCGUCAUGAUUCCCGGCAUCUCUCAGCUGACAGAGAAGGACCUCAAAUUCUGGCUGCAGACACCCAGGGCCAAGUCCAUUAUCACCAGUGACUCCCUGGCUCCAAGGGUGGACGCCAUUAGCGCCAGUGGCCCCUCCCUCCAAACUAAGCUGCUUGUGUCGGACAGCAGUGAGUCAUUUAACAAUUUUGAGCCUCUUUACAGAGAGGCGUCCACAGAGCACAAGUGUGCGAGGACCAGGAGUCAAGACCCACCAGCCGUCUACUUCAUAAGCGGCACGACUGGGGCCCCCAGGAUGGUUGAGCACGGCCAGGCCAACUAUGGACUGAGUUUUGUGGCCAGUGGAAGGUACCAGGGGACAGCUCAUCUAGACAAUUCUGAGAAGACAGCAGCAUCAGAGCGAGGGGACUUCUACAUCACAGGGGACUGAGCCCACAUGGACAAGGAUGGCUACUUUUGGUUCAUGGGAAGGAAUAAUGAUGUGAUCAAUUCCUCAAGGUACCGGAUUGGGCCCUCAGAAGUGGAGAAUGCACUGAUGGAGCACCCUGUGGCUGAGACAGCUGUAGUAAGAAGCCCGGAUCCCAUCCGAGGAGAGGUAGUCAAGGCAUUUGUGGCCCUGGCUCCACAGUUUCUGUCCCAUGACCCAGACGAGCUCACCAAGGAGCUGCAGCAGCAUGUGAAGUCAGUGACAGCCCCAUGCAAGUACCCAAGGAAGAUGGAGUUUGUCUUGGAUCUGCCCAAGAUUUUCAUGGGGAAAAUCCAGCAGGCGAAGCUUCGAGUCAAGGAGUGGAAGAGGUCUGGGCAGAUCGGGGCCCAGUGAUACUUGCAAGGAGUUUUACUUUGGGUCCUGCCCUUCUUCCCCUUUUAUUUCCCUUUGCAUCAUUUGCCUUCCUCUGGGGGAUAUGAGAUUCUUUAUGAUAAGAUGUGAUCUGAUUUCUAUCUUUCCUUGAUUAUUAGUUCAAAAUCAUGCCAUGUUAGGAGCUGAAAAAAGAAAAGGAGGGGAGGAAUGAGAGAGAGAGAGAGGAAAGGAGAGGAGAACAG